UCAAAAAACCAAAAAAGUCUCAAGAAGAUAAAUUAAAUAGCAUUCGUACAACAAGACGUUCAAAAAGAUUAAUGAUUUCAUUUUUAGGAAGUACCGGUAUAAAGUCAACUAUCGAAUUUGGAGAAAUUAUCAAAGAAUCAGAUGAUCAAAAGUAUAUGAUUACACUAAAUUAA